UUAACUGCAAGAACUUGUUAUUACUGUGAAUAUCCUCGAUAUCUCUGUGGUGUUUUGUAAUAUAACUGUUGGAAGCUGAAUCAAUUAAAAAUGAGCUGCACCAUUGCUGUAAAGGCUGACGUUGUUGCCUAUCCAACUUUCCUUGCCUUAGGUUUGAUUCCUGAUUCCUCAAUCAAGGUUGAUUUUGUUGAAAAGAUUUCAAAUUCCAGCAAGAUUUCAUUGUUGUUGAAUAACGAAAAUGAUAUCAAGAUUGAUGACAUUAAAUCCUCUUUAAUCUACAUCUCCAGUUUGUUCCCGGACUAUUUCAAAUUUGAUUCAAUUAUCGAAAACUGGGUAGAUUUCGCGUUGGCCAAUCUAAUCAAGAAAAACUUCAAUGAUUUAUCAAAGGAUUUAAUUACUUUGAAUAACCAUUUGAACUUGAGAACAUAUGUAAUUGAUUAUUCAAUCUCUCUCGCAGAUUUGGCCAUUUUUGGAAUAAUCAAAUCAAAUCCUAUCCUUCUCUCAAUCAUUAAAUCCGGUAAUUACAUCAAUAUAACACGUUGGUUUAAUUUGAUCGAUUCAAUUGCUUCAAUUCAAUCUUCAAUUACUCAAUUCAAUGGAUUCAAACUACUCAACUCAAACAAAAACAAAGGCAAAGGCAAAAAAUCUGCUUCUGCAUCAAAUAAUGGCAAUAACAAUUCAUCCAAAAAGACGCACAAGGCUAAUUUCAAUAUCGACUUAAAAGACGCUCAAGAUGGUAAAGUCGUUACUAGAUUUCCUCCUGAGCCUUCUGGAUAUCUCCACAUUGGACAUGCUAAGGCUGCUAUUCUUAAUAAAUACUUUGCGGACAUGUACCAUGGUAAAUUGAUUAUAAGAUUCGAUGAUACUAACCCAGCAAAGGAAAAAAUGGAAUACCAAGACUCAAUCAUUGAGGAUUUGCAAUUGUUGGGUAUUAAAGGUGACAGACUAACCUUUUCUUCGGACUACUUUGACGAAAUGUACAACCUCGCUAUUAACAUGAUUAAAGAAAACAAAGCCUAUUGUGAUGAUACACCAUUAGAAACAAUGAGAGCUGAAAGAAUGGAUGGUAUUAAAUCCAAAAGAAGAGAUGCGUCGGUUGAAGAAAAUUUGGACAUUUUCACCAAUGAAAUGAAAAAUGCCACUGAAAAGGGUUUGACGUAUUGUUUACGAGCUAAGAUCUCUUAUGACAUUCCAAAUAAAGCUCUUAGAGAUCCAGUGAUUUACAGAUGUAAUUUAAUUCCUCACCACCGAACUGGGACUCAAUGGAAAAUGUAUCCAACCUAUGAUUUUUGUGUUCCUGUUGUUGAUUCGAUUGAAGGUGUGACACAUGCAUUAAGAACCAUUGAAUACAGAGAUCGUAAUCCGCAAUAUGUUUGGAUGCAAGAAGCGUUGCAUUUAAGACCUGUUCAUAUUUGGGAUUUUGCAAGAGUCAAUUUUGUUAGAACAUUAUUAUCAAAGAGAAAAUUGCAAUGGUUUGUUGAUAAAAAGUACGUUUCAAACUGGGACGAUCCAAGAUUUCCAACGGUUCGAGGUGUUAGAAGACGUGGGAUGACUGUGAAGGGGUUGACAGAUUUUGUUAUCAGUCAAGGACCAUCUAAGAAUAUUAUCAAUUUGGACUGGUCAUCAAUUUGGGCAUUUAAUAAAAAAGUCAUUGAUCCAAUUGCUCCAAGACACACAGCAGUUUUCAAGAAAGAUGCUUGUUUGAUUAGUUUAAGCGAUGGGCCAACAGAAAAGACCAUUGAAAAAAGACCCAAGCAUAAAAAGAACCCUGAUGUUGGCGAGAAGGAUGUGAUUUACACAUCAAGUUUGUUAAUUGAUCAAGAUGAUGCAUUGGCUAUUGCAACAGAUGGCGAUAAAGAAAUCACACUAAUGGAUUGGGGUAACAUUGUUAUUGUGAACGUUGUUAAAGAUGAAACAAGUGAAGUUGUUAAGGAAAUUCAAGGUAAAUUGAAUCUACAGGGUGAUUUCCGUAAAACUAAAAAAAAGAUAACUUGGUUGGCUAAUACGGACGAUAAAGUUGAAUUGGAUCUAGUUGAUUUUGACCAUUUAAUUACCAAGGACAAAUUGGAUGAAGGUGAUAACUUUGAGGAUUUCCUUACCCCAAAGACAGAAUUCCAUACUCCAGCUUACGGUGAUGUAAAUGUGUCUCAAAUGAAAGAAGGAGACAUUAUUCAAUUUGAAAGAAAGGGAUACUACCGUCUUGAUAAAGCGGCUACAGAAUCAUCGCCAGCUGUUUUCUUUACUGUUCCAGAUGGUAAAACUGUAAGCAAGUAUGGUAAUAAGAAAUAGAAGUGGAAGAAUUAUGUAUUUAUCUUUAUUGUAUUUCAAGGUUGUUUUUCUUUUUUUUUUCUUUUCUUUUAGAUUUUGUUUUGAAAUUUGAAAUUUGUUUUGGAUCCAUUUUCUUUGGAUUGUUAUUAAACUUGUUUUAAAUAUUAUACAUCAAUUAGUUCACUCUAGUACAUGCUGUUGAG